AUGAAGAACUUAGUGAAAGUAAUAAGGUGUCUUCAGGAGUCCUGGGGGCAGGUAGCCUCCAUGUACCUAAACAUGCGGAAACAGUACCAGUGGCUGAGCUUCAGCGAGGACUGCCUCUACCUGAACGUGUAUGCGCCUGUGCACGUGCGUGGGGACCCACUGCUGCCGGUGAUGGUCUGGUUCCCGGGAAGCGCCUUCCUGGUGGGCUCCGCUUCCACCUAUGAGGGCUCAGAGUUGGCAGCGCGGGAGAACGUGGUGCUGGUGUUUCUUCAGUACAGUCUGGGCAUCCUGGGCUUCUUCAGCACUGGUGACAAUCAAGCCCAAGGGAACUGGGGGAUGCUGGACCAGAUAGCGGCUCUGUACUGGGAGCAGGAGAACAUUGAGGCCUUUGGUGGAGACUCCGACAGAGUGACAUUAUUUGGCCAGUCUUCUGGAUCCAUGUGCAUCUCAGGACUGUUGGCUUUCCAAAGAAGAAAGCUCACAAUGGUGAGUUUCAACAGUGCUGUGAGCCGGAAUGUCUAUGUAGGUCCCCGUGGUCCUGGAGAGAGGACAGCAGCAUCCACCAAGCAGAGCCUCCACACUGGGGCUGCUGUCUGCAGCAGCCACCCUGUGAACACUGUAGUGGGAGCUGUCAGCUAG